UCUGGCGCCUUAGACCACUCGGCCAUCCUGACAACUUGAUUACAAACAUGUUAAAAUGCCUAUCCGAUUAACUUAAUAUUUUCAAUCAAUCAAUCCAUCAAUCAUGCACCUCCGGGCUCCGGUCUCCACUGGUUCUCUGCUCUACCUUUCCUCCUCACGCUGCUUUUAACCGGCGCGCCGCCACUGAAGCCGAGCCACGCCUGAGCCCACUGCCCAAGCUUAGUUUAAUCUUACCUUAGAGCUGUGCGGUUGAAAAAUGGAGCCCGAAGUGAUUGAAGCGGAAAUGGUGCUGCCCACACACAUGAAAUUUAAGAAGAUUCAAAUGUACGAAAAGUACCCAAAGGGCCAAGCCAGAGCCAGGUGGAAACAUCUCAAACAGAUUAUUCAAGCUGAGAAUUACCAGAAUUAUCCGCCAGACGAACCAAAUUAUGUUAACAUUGAGUCACCACCAUCAAUGCAUCCAUGCAAAAGAAUCUGUGAUAUCACUGGAUAUGAGGCUCCUUACUUUGACCCAAGAACGAAGCUACGUUAUGCAAAUGCAGAAGUCUUCAAGACCAUAAGAUCUCUUCCGAAUGAUUAUGUCCAAAGAUAUUUGGCUCUCAGAAAUGCUGCUGUUGUACUCAGAUAAAGCUUUUGGAUGACUUUAGAAUAUUGAACUGACUGUAGUUAUCAAAAUUUUCAUUAUUGGACAUGUUGGUACUCCUGUUGUAAGAAGUAUUCCAGUAAUAAGAUGUGAACAUCCUCGAUUUUGAUUGGGUGUGAUUUAUUUAUUUGUCUAUAUUUGGAAUAUCGGCUACCUUCUGUCGUGCCCAAAAGUCUCAUUUGUCUUUAUAAUUGUAUGUUUAAUCGUGUUGUGUUCUUGUAUCGUCACUUCUAUUAAAACUAUUUCAAGAAAACCAAAA